UGAUUAUUCCAACUAUGAUAGAUGGUGACCCAGUCCUCGCGGGCCUGAGAUGCAAGCUAUUGCCAUGAUGAUUGGCGAAAGGAUCACUCUUGUUCAGGGGCCGCCUGGUACAGGCAAAACGAAAACCAUCAUUGAAGCCGAAAAGUGUACCAGGAAGACAACCCGAACUUUCAGUAGACUCAAUUGUGACUGGACCGAAACAUUCCUUGUUCCCUUGUGUCUGUGUGUCGAGUCCUUAUGAAAGUACGGCCGACGUGAUCCUGACGCAUGAAUCACGAUGGACCUUAUGAUGUCCAGCCGAUUCUCACC